AUGCAUGAUCUCCGCAGCACCUCCGCUCCGAAGGGGAAGCCGCAGCCGAGGCGGGAGCUAGCCGCCGUCUUUGCAUCAUUGAACUUUUUGACAUUGCGACCACCGAACUACUCUGACAUCACCCCUGCACUCUACCUGCUCAAACUCCUAUACGCGCAAUCAAUCCACUCCGAAAUCCACUGUAUUUCCAAUACCGACUGCGCGAACACGUUCACCAGAAUGGCGACACCGAACCCCGUCCAAAAUAUGCCCAUCCCACCAGAAGAGCGCCUCGCUCUGGAACAACAAGCCCGAUACCAGCGCAUAACACGUAACCUAGCCAUCGGCGGCCUCGUCAUAUGUCCAAUAAUAGCCAUACUCCCACCACGAAAACUAGACCUCUAUACAUUCUCUCUAGGCAUCGGCUUCUACCUCUCCGCCGAUCAUCUCAUCACACUACGAACAGGCCGCGGCCUCGUACAAAACCUCAGUCCAGUGCGAGCCAUGGACCUACCGACCGAACGCGCAAAGGAGAUGCAGAAGAUAUUGCAAGAGGAAAGGGAAAAGAGUCGGAGGACACUGGAGCGGAAGGAAGGGCAAGAAAAGGGUAUACUUGGGAAGCUGUGGAUGGGUGAUGAGGAGGAGGGUUGGAAGGAGCGGCGAUUGGAGGAAGAAAAGAAAGCCAUUGAAGAAGGAAAGAGUUAUGGUGAUAUGAUAUUUGAACAGAUUUGGGAGGUUUGGAAUUGGGACAAGAAGAAGGGAAAGGACGGCGAGAACAAGAAGGAGUGA